GACGCCAAGCACCACGUCGGCUUCAAGCUACAAACGCACGGAUAUUUAAAAACACGACCAACGAAACAAAUGCGGCUGGGUUCCUGUAACGCUGCUGGAUAUACGUUGUUGUGAACUUGGCGUCGUUUGGAACUAAAACCGUGUCCGGAGCGGGAUAUUAUGAACUCCUCGAGACGCUGGGUAGGAUAAACAAACAACCACAACACGUAAAAACAACUUUUUUCUAAUAAUUUUCGAGGAAAUAGUUGUUGUUGUUGUUUUCUCGUUGAUUUUGUUGCGCAACAGUGGACCAAGUACAAGUAGUGUUCAGUCCCUGGUGUUUUUUAUUCCGCCCGGUUGCGGGGCUGUUGACGGUGAGGCGGACACCAGAGAAGCGGCGGCUCGGCAGCCACCUGACCUCCUGGAAAAUAAGACCGCAGCUAAUGACACGCAGGCUGAGAGCCUUACGUGGCUCAUUACUAAGCUCUCUGACGGAGCGCGACGACUUUUCCGCGAGGCUGUUGCACGUUCAGUUUUGACUCACCGUUUCGCGCGUGAAGUUUGCAAAAAAAAAAAAAAAAAAAAAUCCAAUUAGGCUACUGAUAUCUAAAUUUAUGGUAAGUGCUAAUUAAUUUGCGUCGACUGUGAAAUUCAAUUAGGUGGACUUAAUUGCCCGUUGGAGUUGCACCCUUUCUUAGCCCCGGCCAGCAAAUUGCGGGUAAUAAGUGGAGCAUCUGUCAGAGGCAGACAGCAUGGAUAUAACCGGAGGAGUACACGUCCUCCGGCGGUCGUGAUGCCAAGCGCCGGUCUAAACCCGCGCCGCCAGUCCGGAAUGCCUGCUCUCUAACCCGCACCAGUGUGGCGCUGUGUCUCGGUCACACCGCUAGGAUGAGCAGCACCGACCUGGAGCGCAUGUCGCUCAGCUCCUCGGCCAACUCGGUGGCCUCCAGCGCGCGGACGCUGUCGGCCAACGUGAGAAAGCUGCACAACGCGCUCAACCUCCUGCUCAACGACUUCGAGAGGGAGCAGUUCAUCCACUGUCUGAACGUCUACCACUCCAAACGCAACGUGUAUGACCUGGUGCAGACCCUCAACGUUAUUCUCAACGCGCCCAGCAAGCGGCAACUUCUGCCCAUGCUGCGCCUGGUCAUCCCCCGCUCUGACCAGCUGCUCUUCGAGCAGUACACCUCGGAGGGCCUCUACUUAAAAUCGGAUUUAGUUGCGAGCAAUGGCAACGCCGAAACCCCACCGGGCGACUUCCCCAGCGCCAGCCCGACUCCCCCCGGGCAUUUCUCGCCAAACAAGCCGCCCGAGUUUCAGGUGGCGUUGCGGGGCUCGCCGGACAGCUUCAGCACCAGCAGCGACGGGACAGCUCCGUCGCUGGUGCCGCUCCUCGGGAGGAACUUUAUCCACGAGCCGCCGGGCGAGCUGCGGCAGGUCACCAUGAAGCGGCACAAGAGCAACGAGGGCCUGGGCUUCAGCAUCCGCGGUGGGUCGGAGCACGGGGUCGGCAUCUACGUGUCGCUGGUGGAGCCGGGGAGCCUGGCAGAGAAAGAGGGUCUCCGGAUCGGUGACCAGAUCAUGAAAGUCAACGACAAAGUCUUCGACAAAGUCACUCACGCCGAGGCAGUGAAGGUGCUGAAGGGCAGUAAAAAGCUUUGCCUCUCUGUGCGUUCAGUUGGCCGAAUUCCUGGUGGCUACGUCACCAACCAUGUUUAUACCUGGGUUGACCCUCAGGGUCGGGGCGUGUCUCCUCCUCCUGACCUGCCCGAGCAUCGCAGCGCCACCCUGAGAAGAAGCGACAGCCAGCGACGCAGCAACAUGCAGCUGCUGCAGGAGGGAGACGAGAAGAAGGUCAACUUGGUUUUGGAUGACGGCCGCUCUCUUGGUCUGAUGAUCCGGGGCGGAGCAGAAUAUGCUUUGGGUAUUUACAUUACCGGAGUGGACCAGGGAUCAGCAGCAGAGUGUGGAGGACUCAAGGUUGGUGACCAGAUCUUGGAGGUGAAUGGCCGCAGCUUCCUGAGCAUCCCGCACGACGAAGCCGUCAGGGUCCUGAAGUCGUCACGGCACUUGAUGAUGACAGUGAAAGACGUCGGCCGCCUGCCGCACGCCAGGACGGUGGUGGGUGAGACCAAGUGGAUUGCCAGCUCGCAGAUUGCAGAGAGCUCCGCCAACAGCAGUAUGGCAGGCUUCUCAGUAGACCAAGGAGCAUCUGCAGCAGGAAAGCCGGGGUUUUAUAAGGGAGUGGCGGGCUCUCAGGUGACUCUGUCCAGCCUGGUAAACCAGUCCCGGGCCAUGCUGGAGGAGCAGGCGCGCCACCUGCUGACAGAGGUGGAGCGGCAGACCAUGGGUUACUACGUGGAGGAGUACCGGGACGGACACAUCGGAGUGGAGCAGCUGGUCAUGGCGUUGUUCGAACUGUUCAACACGCACGCAAAGUUCUCUCUGCUGUCGGAGGUGCGAGGCCUGGUCGCCCCACAGGAUCUGGAGUGUUUUGACGGGAUGGUGCUGCGACGUGAAAUUCAAGCUCUAAAGGCACGGCAGGGCACCUCCGGAGCCGCAGCCCUGCAGCAGGACAGCCUGUCCAUGGUGUCGUACCCUGACACCUUGACCUCGUCUUCAGCCAGCUUCAUGACCAACACCACCCUCAGCUCUGCAAGGAACGACGGGGCGGUGGAGAGUAAUGAGGGGGAUCCUCCAGAGAGUCUGAACACGCUGCUGACCGACAUCUCUCUGGAUGAUGUACAGUCCACCACUGCUGAAUCUCCUCCCUCCUUCAAGCCUCCGCCCCCACCAGGGGUGCAGAGGCGCCCAAGUAGACGAGGUCAGCUCAACAAAUGCCCCUCGUCCGAAUCCUCCCACUCAGGCUUGUACUUCACAGCCCCGACUUCCCACAACCAAAGCAAAGAGCCCGGACACGCCCCUGCCUCACCCUCACUACACCACAAACGAGAACAUCCCAGGGACCCAUCACGGGACUAUGCAGCCAUCCGAAAGAGAGAUACUUUGGUACCUUCCAAAAAAGAACAAAUAACAGCGGCUCAGUUGUCCAUGGUCACGCAGCACAACAUCGGCCCUUUUCCCAGGGUCCAGUCCCCCAGCAGAGCUGCCAAACCUGCUGCCCCGUCCCCUCCACCUCCACCUCCACCUCCACUCCCUGCCCCUCACCCCCCCCCAUCUCUGCCCCUUAAGUCAAUGUCCAUGUCCAAAGCUCCCCCUGCCUCCUCUCCUACCUCUAAACAGCAGUUUGUUACAGUGGAGGUUCACAGGCCUAACGCAGAGCCAGAUGUCAAUGAAGUGCGUCCGCUGCCACAGGCUCGAGGUGGCGCCCUGUCUCAGCUGUCAGACAGCGGCCAGACCCUCAGUGAGGACAGUGGGGUGGACAUAGCUGAGUCAGGACACGUCAGCAAAGACAGCAGCCCCCACUCCUCACGCACACGCCUCCCCCGAGACACCCAGGGAGGCGGGGGGGACAACCCCUCCAAACCGCCGGGGUUGUUGGAGCCCACCUCUACACUAGUGAGGGUGGCAAAGAGUGCCAGCACCCUGGGUAUUGCCAUCGAAGGUGGAGCCAACACCCGCCAGCCACUGCCACGAAUUGUCACAAUACAGAGGGGUGGUUCAGCUCAUAACUGCGGCCAGCUGAAGGUGGGUCAGGUGAUCCUGGAGGUAAACGGGGUUUCCCUGAGGGGCCGCGAGCACAGGGACGCUGCACGCAUCAUCGCCGAGGCUUUCAAGACCAAAGAGAGGGACUACGUGGACUUCCUGGUGACCGAGUUCAAUGUGGCACUAUAGCUGAGAGAAGCAGGAGAGAGGACGAUCAGAGGAGCAGCACCGAGUGAAGAGCAGUUCAAGGAGAAGAUGGGGGCGGGGGGGCAUUCAAGCGUCUAUUGAUUUAAAUGGCACAACUCUUUUAGAUAGACGUAAAACGAACCACCACUUGAUCUCUGAGCCCUUCUCCUUUCCCAUUAAACUCCAGAAUCUGGACACAUAGUACUCAGAUUUAUAAGAUAUUAUUUCCACUGUGGACUUUGUUCAGGAUUCUCCUCAACGUGUUACCUCCCCACUGUGAGACCUUAUGCACUACUACUAUGGAAAAUAGUGAAAUCUGUACCUUUCGUUUGUUCUCUCAGUGUUAAAACUCGUGGAUUUGCAACCAUGUGAAAACCACUGGAACUUCUUGUAGCACUCCCACGUCCCAUGGUCAGUUCAUUUUCUUUCUUUUUCGCUUCUAUCUGAGAGACAGCUGCACAUCUAAGACUGUUUCAUGCUCAUUAGAAGCUUGGAUUUAUAUAUGUAAAAAUGAACAAAUGUAGAUACAGAUGCAUAUAUACUGUAUACAUAAAGAUACUCCUAUAUGAAUUAUAAAACCCAUAACCUCUGUUGCAUCAUCAACAUAUAGUACUAUAUUUCAGAGAUGAUGAUGAUUCAGGCUUUCCUGGCGAUGUGGGAAUCUACAAAUUUUACAGCAAUGCUAGUGACAAAAAGGAAAUGGAUAUAUGGAUCAUGUCAGGCUAACAAAAACACACAUUACAUGCCCUCAGACAUUUAAAAAAAACUUCAUGUGAAUGAAGGAAAUCUUCAUGAGUAUCACACAAAUGUGCAUCCUUUCCUUUUUCAUUUCCUCUUCUCCACAUGUGUCUGCAUCGUUUGAGCUACAUCCACACAGAGCCAGCUAAGUUUGAAAAUGUCACUUCUUUUUUUCUGUUUCCAUUUGCAAACAACAAAUUUCUGCAUCACAGUUUUCCAGACAACAGCAGGGCACAGUGAAAAGAGUUGUUUACCUUGCUGAGGAGUUGGAGGUGUUUACCUCGUCACCUGCAGCUCCGCUCACUGUUGCUGCUCCUUCUUGUAAAAUUAUUUCCUGCCGUAUUUUAAACUGAUCCACUGUCAACAAAUGACUGUUGUUUUGUAAACACACUUUUGAUGAACAACCAUGGUUAGCGCUAA